GCGUCAGUCUACUCAGUCUCCGCCACCACUUCCGGUACCGCAAUGGCGGCACAGGGAGCAACAGCCGCAGUUGCUGCAACGACUUCGGGGAUUGUGGGGGAGGGAGAGCCCGGGCCCGGGGAAAAUGCAGCAGUCGAGGGGCCUUCCCGGUCCCCGGGCCGCGUCUCUCCGCCGACUCCGGCGCGUGGCGAACCAGAAGUCACCGUGGAGAUCGGAGAAACGUACCUGUGCCGGCGGCCGGACAGCACCUGGCAUUCAGCAGAAGUGAUCCAGUCAAGAGUGAAUGACCAGGAGGGCCGAGAAGAAUUCUAUGUACAUUAUGUGGGCUUUAACAGGCGACUGGACGAAUGGGUGGACAAGAACCGACUAGCACUGACCAAGACGGUGAAGGAUGCCGUGCAAAAGAACUCUGAGAAAUACCUGAGUGAGCUGGCAGAGCAGCCUGAGCGCAAGAUCACUCGGAACCAAAAACGAAAGCAUGACGAGAUCAACCACGUGCAGAAGACCUAUGCAGAGAUGGACCCCACCACAGCAGCCUUGGAAAAGGAACAUGAGGCGAUCACCAAAGUGAAGUAUGUAGACAAGAUCCACAUUGGGAACUACGAAAUUGAUGCCUGGUAUUUCUCACCUUUCCCAGAAGACUAUGGGAAGCAGCCGAAGCUGUGGCUCUGCGAGUACUGCCUCAAGUACAUGAAGUAUGAGAAGAGCUACCGCUUCCACCUGGGCCAGUGUCAGUGGCGGCAGCCCCCCGGGAAGGAGAUCUACCGCAAAAGCAACAUCUCUGUGUAUGAAGUGGACGGCAAAGACCACAAGAUAUACUGUCAGAACCUGUGUCUGCUGGCCAAGCUUUUCCUGGAUCACAAGACCUUGUAUUUUGACGUGGAGCCCUUUGUCUUUUACAUUUUGACGGAAGUAGAUAGGCAAGGAGCCCACAUUGUUGGCUACUUUUCUAAGGAGAAGGAAUCCCCAGAUGGAAACAAUGUGGCCUGCAUCCUGACGCUGCCCCCGUAUCAGAGGCGUGGCUAUGGGAAGUUUCUCAUUGCCUUCAGUUAUGAGCUCUCCAAGCUUGAGAGUACUGUAGGCUCCCCAGAGAAGCCACUGAGUGACCUGGGCAAACUCAGCUACAGAAGCUACUGGUCUUGGGUCUUGCUGGAGAUCUUGCGAGACUUCCGGGGUACAUUGUCUAUCAAAGAUCUUAGCCAGAUGACCAGCAUCACCCAGAAUGACAUCAUCAGCACCCUGCAGUCCCUCAACAUGGUCAAGUACUGGAAGGGCCAGCAUGUGAUCUGUGUCACGCCUAAGCUGGUAGAGGAACACCUCAAAAGUGCCCAGUAUAAGAAACCACCCAUCACAGUGGACUCUGUCUGCCUCAAGUGGGCGCCUCCCAAGCACAAACAAGUCAAGCUUUCCAAGAAGUGAGUGGCUGGUGCCCUGCUUUGGACUGUGUUCCUGGCCUCUGACCUGUAAAUAUAUGUACAGACCUGUUUUAUGUCAUUUAUUAAUAAAGUAAAUUCUGCUGGUGUGCUGAAUUUUGGAGGUGCGAAGGA